AUGAGUAAUUUCGAUACUAAACUGAAUUUUUUGCAGCAAGAAAUCAAAAUACUGACUGAAGAAAAUAAAGAGUUGAGACAAAUAAUUUAAAUGAAUAAAUAGAUUCUAAAAAUAUAGAGAGAACAAACAAACACUAAUGUAAACAACUAUUAAAUAAAAAUCAGUCAUUAACCAAUGAACCAUUAUUUACUUUGGAAGUAUGUAAAACUGAAUAUAAUGAAAUUGGUGAAAUUCAAAUGCUCUCUCAUUUGAUCGAAGAAAAUUGUAAAUUGUUUUCUUUUAAUGAAGACUUAAUAAAGUAAAGGGAUGAAUUGAGAUCAUAGGUUAUUUGAUUAUAUCAUUGUUAGAAUUUACUUUUAUAAUAAAUAGGAAUAGAAAACUCUUAAAGAAUCUUAGAUAUUCAAAGUGAGAAAUCAUCUAAGUUAGUUGACUUAUAAAAUUAACUUCUUAAUAAAGAUAAACAAGUAAAUGAAUUAAAUGAAAGAUUAUAAAGUAUACUAUAAAAAAAAAGAAUUCGAACUAAAAUUGUAUAAAUUUUUGUUAUAAAAGCCAAUAUCAAUAUAAGAAGAAUAUUUAACCUAUUAAAAUUAACUAGAAUCGAUGAGUAAACUGUUAGCCUAAUAUUAUGAGGAAAAUAGAUUGUAAAAGUAAGAAAUUAAAAGGCUUUUAAUGUUAAUAGAGCUAGUUAAGAAUGAUAAAAUAGAGAAUAAUAAAUUAAUUAUAGAAUAAAGUCCAAAUUUGAAUGAAUCAAGCUUUGGUGAAAUUUUGCCAGAUAAAAUUACUACUAACCCAAAUUUGUAAAUUCCUAUUCCAAAAUUAAAUCUUGACAAAGCAUAAAAGAUAUAAUAGUUGACAGUUGAAAAGUAGUUAGAAUAAGAAGAAUAACAAGUUUAAUUUGAUAUGGUAUUACAAAUGGAUUAAUAAUUUUAUUAAAAAAACAAGGCAUCGACUCCAUAAAAUAAAAAUGGCUAUGUGAGUCCUAAUAAAUUAUUAAUUUAACUUACAUCUUUUGCAGAUUAAAAUAAAACACUCUCGAAAGAUCUAAAUGAAUGUAAAAAAAAAUUGUAAGAUGAAUUAUUGUUAAAUAAAGCAUUAGAAAAUAAGUUGGAAAAUAUGAAUAGAUAUAUCAAUGAAUUGGAAAGUACAAACGAACUUUUGAUUAAAUCUCAAAUUACUUUAGAAAAUAAUUUUUAAAAACUUAAAUAAUUUAUCAUUUAGGGCAAAAAAGAAUAAUAACUGAUUAAACAUAAGUAUAACGUUUCUCUAUCUAAUUUAUGUUAAAUGAAUGAAAAACCAAAAAAAAGAUGUAAUUCCGAGAACUGA